CAGCUUCCCUGUCAAGAUGGCGGCUCCGUUGACUCUGCUCCUGCUUGUGGCCGUCACUAUCCGCGCUGCUCUCUUCAGGUCCUGUUUAACGGACUUAAUUGCGGAGAGGGUGGAGGUGGUGUCGCCCCUGACCGCCUGGAAGAGAGUGGUUGAAGGUUUGGCUCUGCUUGAUCUGGGAGUGUCACCAUACUCUGGAGAUGUUUUCCAUGAGACGCCUCUCAUCAUUUACCUCUUUCACUUUGUGGUGGACUACGCUGAGGUGACAUUUAUGUUGGCAGAUGUGAUCACUGCGGUGGCGCUCUACAUGGCCGUGAAGGACUACAACAAACAAGUGUUCAGAAAGCAGAAAUUUGCCUUGGAGGCCGACCGCUACCCCCUCGACUGUCUGGAGCUCAUCAGAAGCCCCAAAGAAAUGUACUACAUCCCUCUGAAAGUAGCCAUGUUUUAUCUGUUGAACCCGUUCACCAUCCUGUCCUGUGUCGCCAAGUCGACCUGCGGUCUGAACAACGCCGUCAUCGCCCUCUUCAUCCUCUCUACAAUAAGGGGAAAUGUUUUGCUCAGUGCCGUGUUUCUGUCCUUGUCCACGUAUCAGUCCAUCUACCCUCUCACUCUGUGCGCUCCAGCGCUGCUCUACUUGAUGCAGCGUCAGUACAUUCCCGUGAACUUCCGUCGCGCCAGUUUCUGGUGGUUCAUCGCGGAGUAUGCCUUCAUGUACCUGGGCAGCCUCUCCGUCAUCGUCUGUCUCUCUUUUUUCCUGCUCGGCUCCUGGGAUUACCUGCCCUCAGUCUACGGCUUCAUUCUCUCCGUACCUGACCUGACCCCCAACAUCGGCCUCUUCUGGUAUUUCUUCGCCGAGAUGUUUGAACACUUCCGCCUCUUCUUCCUCUGCGUUUUCCAGAUCAAUGUUUUCUUCUACACCAUCCCUCUGUCCAUCAAACUCAAAGAGCAUCCGGUGUUCCUGAUAUUCAUGCAGUUGGCUGUCAUCUCCAUCUUUAAGUCUUAUCCCACAGUAGGAGACAUCGCUCUCUACAUGUCCUUCCUUCCUGUGUGGAGUCACCUGAGCAGAUUCUUGAGGAACAUCUUCCUGGUGUCCUGCGUUCUGUUGGCGUGUUCCGCUCUGUUCCCGGUUCUCUGGCACCUCUGGAUCUACGCCGGCAGCGCCAACUCCAACUUCUACUACGCCAUAACGUUGCUGUUCAAUGUGGCUCAGAUCCUGUUGGUGUCUGAUUAUUUCUACGCCUUCCUGAGGAGAGAACACCACCUCACCUAUGGACUGUACCUGAAGAGGAAAGACGGCUCUGAGGCAACACUCAUUCUCAAAUAAAAACACACAUACACACACAUACACACACAUACACACUCCUACAGCCUCCACCAGGAAGCAGGAAGCUCCUGGAGUUCUCACUUUGCCUCAAAGUGAACAAACACAAACUGUGGAGCAUUUAAAAAAAAAAAAAAAAGAGCCUCAGAGCUGACGAGAGUCUGGUGCAACUUCAUAUGCAAACAAACCCACGUCACACAAAACUAAGGUGGCGGAGGCUGCUUUUAUUUUGAAGAUGCCUCUUUUUUUCCUCACAGCCACAUCUGGAGACUUUUGUUUCCAAGUCCCCCCUCAGUGCUUUUAUUUUGAAGCCCACACACAUUGACAUUUUUUUCUCACAUUCUCUCAGACUAACGUUUAUGUUGACACUGGCUCGUGUAGCAGCAGCAGCAGCAGGAACAAAGAAAUCUGUUGUUUUUGACCCUUUUUAUUUUCCUCCUCACACACUCAUUAAAGCUGCAGUAGGCAGGAUGUCGACGAUUCUCAUCUCCAGGUUGUUAAAAAAUGAGUUUUUCAAGAUGGGAGUCUUGAAAAGUCUUGUCUUCCACCAGACAAACAAGGACACUUUAUUGUCCAACUCUAUUUUAGACAAUAAAAUAGCUUUUUUAUUUUUAGCUUUCUCUGCAGCGUCGGCAGUUUUAAGCCCAAUGUUGAAUUUGUGACUUUCCACUUGAAGGUACGUGCUCGCACAGCUAGUAGUAGAACGGCCAAUAGGGGGCGCCUUCUCCGCCUCGGAAGUGAUCUGUGAUUCAAGUCAAAGUCUUCCGUUAUGAGCCAGGUUUCUCCAAUCAUGUUUUUCAUUUUUUUCCACUAAUUCAUCAGAUUUGAAAAGGCUUUUUACAUGUUAAAACUAGACGUGGACCAUUUAUCGCACCGAUAUUUGCCAAUUAUUUAUUAAGUGGCAAUUUAUUACAAAUGAUGCAUUUUCUGUUCAUAGAAACUAAAACAUGUAUUUAAUAUUGAGUUUAGACUUUAGAGAGAGACAGAACAUUAGUCUCGUACAAUAAGUGUUUGCUGAAGUUGAGACUUACAUUUUUUGGUAUUUGUUACAGUUUUAUUUUAUCAGGCGGUUAAAAAAAAAAAAAAAAGAUAAGAGAAAACCGACCCAUCGGUCGAUCUCUACUUUAAAGCUUUUUAUGGAAUUAUCGAUGGACGACCACGCGUCGCCUACUGCAGCUUUAACUACCGCACUCCACGACAUCAGUGUUGCAUCAUAAGUGAAAACCAGUUGUAACCUCAUCACAGUAACAGUAACAUUAUAGAACACAAACUGCUACGACAGCCUCUGCUGCCUGAAAAAAGAAUUAUGAUCAUGAGCCUCACAGAUUCUCUCCCUACUCAACGGAGAGUGUCGGGACAAAAAAGACGACAACGACAGUGAAUGUGUUUUUAAUUUGAGUAAGUCUAAUUCAGAGGCCUUAUUUUUCUUUUUCUUUGUUUGUUUUUUUUUGUCGGGUUUCUGAGUUGGAAAAUCCGAGUUCCGGGUCCGUUCCUUGACCUUGGAAAUUCCAGAUUUAGCCUGAGUUCUGGCUCCGGAUUGAGUGUGAGAUUAAAGUGUUAUGGGAAACUGGAAGAGUUCCAUUGGAUCCUGAGAUUGAAAGAAGCGUGUCAGAUUAGAUUAGAAUAUGAAGCUAUUUAACACAGAUUACUGACAGCAGUUCUACAGUCGACACAACCUUAACACCUCAAAAACGUCGCCGUGGCUAUUUUCCACUACUUAAUCCACCCUUGUCAGGUUCUUGGUUGACGGUGUACUGCCUGAAAUGUGUGCGCAAGUUAAAACUGACUUUUUUAUAUAUACUAGGUGAGCCUUUGAUAACGUUGUUGCCUGUUAACGUCUUUGAUACAGUAAGAAUGCCUUUGCUGCUUUAUAGCGCUGUUAGACGACCUUUUUCAAGAGGAAAUGCACGUUUGGUAAACCAGUCACUGUCCUGCACCAAAGUCCAUAGAGAAAAUCAGUGUUUUUAGCUCACAGGUGGUCUACUGCUGCUGUGUUUGUCAAGUUUGUGUCACUGAGAUAAAUGUGAACAAAGGAUUUCAAAGACAGAAUUAAUAAAAUAACAUUAGUGACAGAGGCAGCAGUGGAUCGACAACUCCUGCGUGCUGUGAUGUAAAAUCUCUGGUUUUAUUUAUGGACUUUGAUGUGGGGUGGCACUGACGGUUUACAAGGCGGCACACACUUCAGUUUUCAGUCAAGAAGAGCUGCCAAACGGUGAGAUAAAGCAACAAACACAUGAUAUCACGAUAUCAUAGACUUAAACGGGCGUACAUUUUGUCAGGUGAGGCUUUUUGGUCAGCGUACGCUGCAGUUUUGCAGGCACAGAAGGCGACUUUGUGUCGGUAACUCACUCAUCAAUUUCCAGUUAUUUGUCAAUUUGUAAUUGAUAGUCUUGUUUUGCCUUUUUUUCAGCACUUCACUCUGUCAUGCUUAUAACCCCCACUAAUCAAUAAGUAUAAUAAGUUUUUUAGUUUGGAUACGACCAGUUAUACACAGAUAUAAGUUAUUGUCAACCUUAUUUUUUAAGUUUGAAACCUUUUCUUUGAAUAUAAGCAAAAUAAAGUUGUUGAUCGGCGUCUGUGUGAAAGUGGGCAUGGAAUCAGUGACAAAACAGCCAAACAUGGACUUUCCACUCAUAAACAGUCUGUCCGUCUGCAUUCUUCAGUCUGCGUUUAAGUUGUCUUUAAACCGCUCGGAUGAAAUCAAGUUUUGAUACCAUUGAGUCCUAUUUAUUUAUUUUCUGCACUGAAAACUUUGCAAAGAGAUUUAAUGUUUGUGUUUGUCUUUAAUUUUUUUUGUCUUUUUCUCCUGUUGUCUCAGAGGAAAAAGCUCUUCUGAUUUUGAUACUGUACAUAGAAAAGGUGAUUUGUUUUGUUACAGAUAAUAAAGUGGAGGGGUUUGAAUGAGUGAAAAUGUUAUUAAAUGACAAUUAUUAA